AUGUCUAUCGCCACCACAGCCAAGCCUGUUAUUCCUCCUUGGGUUCCUCCUCCCGCAACUAAAGAAGACUUGGAUUGGGCCUCGCUCAAGACGUUAGACCUUUCAAAGCUGGAUUCGGAUGACCCAGCAGAAGUCCAACAACUCCUUGAAGAUGCGAAGUACGCCAUCAAGCAGGAUGGAUUCUUGUACUUGACAAACUACGGUAUUCCUCUCGAGAAGCUCCACAGGCAGUUCUCAAUUGCUCAAUACCUCCUAGACGGCAACGUGAUAACGGACGAUGAGAAGAAGCGAUUAGAAAUUCAACAGCAUACCGGAUCCUAUGCUGGCUACAAGCCUAUGAAGGGAUGGGGUGCUGGUAACGGCUCGUACGAUGGCAUCGAGAACUUCACAUUCUAUUCUCCUCAAAUGGAGGACCCCCACAAGAGACCUGCAGCAUUGGAGCCGUUCAUGGACGAGGUCAAGGAAUUCUGGAGCUAUGCCCACGACAAUGUUAACCGAAGACUUCUGAAACUUCUAUCUCGGGUUCUUGAACUCCCCGACGAUUACCUGUGGGACAAUGUGCAAUCACACCAAGGUGACACCUGUGCCGAGGGAUACUUCCGAUUUGUUGUUUAUAGACCAAUGGCUGAGGGUCAAGAAGGUUCCAGUAUGAGAAUUCAUGGUCACCAUGACAUCGGCACCACCACUUUACUGUUUUCGGUCCCGAUAACGGCUCUACAAGUGUGGAACUCUGUUGAGAACAAAUGGCAAUGGGUCAAGUACAAGCCCGGGGCUCUGGUUGUUAAUCUGGGAGAAUCUUUAGAGAUCUUGACUGGCGGUCACUUCGUUGCGACCAAACAUCGAGUGGUGUCUCCACCCAAAGAUCAACAGCAUUUGCCCCGAUUGUCCUGUGCUAUGUUUUGCUCUGCCCGUGGUGACCUGAAAGUCAGCCCUCUCCAAGACUCACCAUUGAUCAAACGAGAAGGUUUGGUUAAGACGGGUGUGUAUGGAGAGUUCGCUAAGUUGUUGGAUGCCGGCAUGGACGUCCCCGAUCAUGACAGCUGGCGACGUGCUCGAAGAGCUUAUGCUCAACAAGGCCCUGCUAAGCAAGUAGAAAUUAGUGGCGUGAAGUAUUCCGAGGAGGUCUUUAACAAUAUCAAAGUUUAUGUUCCUGUUUAG